AUGGAGGUGUUUUUCUGGGCGGUGUUCGGCGCGCUGGUGGUGCUGUGCGCGGGGCUGGAGGGCAGCAAGGGGCAGCGCGACAAGCUGCAGACGUCGCCCGCCUUCGAGUCCUUCAAGAACAACUACCUCCUCGUCUACUCGCUCAUGAUGGGCUGCUCUCGCCAUCCUCCUUCCACCAUGCACCCUGCUGCCGUGGCAGCGGGCGACUGGUUGCAGGGGCCGUACGUGUACGCGCUGUAUCAGCACUACGGGUACGACAAGGGCGACAUCGGCCGCCUCUUCAUCGCAGGCUUCGGCUCCUCCAUGGUCUUCGGCACCAUCGUCGGCUCGCUGGCCGAUAAGCAUGGGCGGCGGCGCGCAUCACUGACAUACUGUGGGGUGUACGUGCUGUCGUGCCUCACCAAGCACUCGCCCGACUACCGCCUGCUCAUGCUGGGCCGCGUGCUGGGCGGCAUCGCCACCUCGCUGCUCUUCUCCGCCUUCGAGAGCUGGCUCGUGGCGGAGCACUUCAAGCGUGGCUUUGAGGCGCAGUGGCUGUCGGUGACGUUUUCCUCGGCCAUCUGGCUGGGCAACGGGCUCAUCGCCAUCCUCUCAGGGCUGCUCGCCAACUCGCUCGUCACGUCGCUGGCGCUGGGCCCCGUGGCCCCCUUUGACGCCGCUGCGCUCGUGCUGCUGCUGGGCGGCGCCAUCAUCACAGCCACAUGGCCGGAGAAACUACGGCGACAGCACCGACUCCAAGGGGCUGCUCGCCCAGUUCCACGCCGCCGCCUCCGCCAUCGCCUCAGGUGGGCUGCCAUCGCCUCAGGUGGGCUGCCAUCGCCUCAGGUGGGCUGCCAUCGCCUCAGGUGGGCUGCCAUCGCCUCAGGUGGGCUGCCAUCGCCUCAGGUGGGCUGCCAUCGCCUCAGGUGGGCUGCCAUCGCCUCAGGUGGGCUGCCAUCGCCUCAGGUGGGCUGCCAUCGCCUCAGGUGGGCUGCCAUCGCCUCAGGUGGGCUGCCAUCGCCUCAGGUGGGCUGCCAUCGCCUCAGGUGGGCUGCCAUCGCCUCAGCUCCGCGUGGUGCCGAUGAGAUCAACGCUUUGUCUGAGCGCACGUCGGCGUUGCGCAUUAAUGACCUGCCAGUCGAAGGCGGGGUCAACGGCGCAGAGGUCAACAAGCCAGUGGCGAACACGUCGGACAAGGGAAACGCAAAGAUCCAGGAUUUGGAGGAUGACGGUGGCUACCUCAGCGAUGACCCGGAUGAGUGUCAAGAUCCGGUGGUACUUAACGAGAUCGCGGCACAAGCGGGGGUCGCCAUCACCCUGCUGGUCCCCUUUGCUUGGAGCAAGGAGAUCCCGUGCAUCAUUGUCACCGUCAACCAUCUGCUGUCACUGUGGGGCAAGCACAUGUCGGGGAACGUUUGCAAGACAACGAGGUGUCAGAAGCUCACGCCAACAUUCCUCUCCAAGCAGCACUUCGGGCGUGUUGAGGUGGUUUUCCUGCAAGAGGCCGAUGCGGUUUUCAUGAGGAGCAGAGAGAUCGAACACUACACGACGAACGACAAGAAGCUCGUCCUGGGGUGGCAAUACCCGGAAAACAAGGAAUACCUGAGAGAACGCGCGGCUCACCCGGAGGCGAUUGAAGUGCUGCUUAAGGGGGUGCCGGCGGUGAUCUCACCGGCAAUGAUCAUGAAGAAUCUGGUGACUGCGAUGCUGGUGAAGCAGGGUCGUACGGCAUUCCUUGACGGUUCUGCUUUCCACCGCGUACUGGAUCCGGCGUCAGGAUCGGACACAGACAAGAUAAAAGGGCUGGUUUUCAGGCACCCGGGGGAUAAGCGGUCGCAGCAACGGGCCUCCACGCUUACUUCUGUGUCAUCCUCCCCCCGAGCAGCUGCCUCUUUGAAGAUUACGCCGGCGGUGAAGACCCUGUUGGCGGAUCCGGCAAUGGCAUUUACUUCUACGGGUGGAGUCUGGGAGGAGUGGGUGUGUGCUCAAGAGGAGUGUGGGAAGGCCCAUGGUACCAGCUUCGAGACGGCAGUGGAGCACGUCCAGACGAUUCAUCACGGCACCGGGUUGCUCAAGGCAGGAGCGGCAACGCGUGUGAGCAUGGGGAAGCAGAACGUGGCUCAGGUCUGGAAGGAGUUUGGGCUUCAAGCGGCAGGCGGAGUGGCAAUCAUGUCGUGUAGAAGGAAUAUUCGCUUCACAGAAGUCACCCCGGACCCCUCUGGAAGGGUGCUGGGUGUGACGGUGGAAGGAGGGGAGGAACCUUUCAGGCUGGUCGCGGCUUAUCUCCCUGCACAGGCGUGUAACAGGGCGAAGUUUUACAGGGAACAGCUCGAGCCUUUCAUUCAGCUUCAGCCGCAGUCAUCGCACCUGGUGGUAGUGGGCGAUCUCAACAUGAUCGCUGACCCGGAUUUGGACAAGUCGCCUGGAGCGGGUUCGGGGAGGGAGAACCAGCGCUUCAUUGAGAUGUGGCAAGGGCAUGACCUUGGUGACGCUAUCCGUGUGCUGCACCCCACGGACAAGGAGAGGAAAAAGAAGGGGGUGAGGAAAACCAUUAAGGGGGUUGUGGACUCGCUAGACAAGGCAGGAAGGGAGCCGCUGGAGCGCUUGUUAUCCAGACUGGCGGCGGCUCUAAGGGCGCAUGACAAAGAGGAACGAAAGAGGGUGACGGCAACGCAGUUGCACUUGACGGAGGAGGUGGAGAGGAUGCGGCACCUGGUCAUGGGGGGGCCGACAGAUGAUCAGACUUUGGCGCGGUUGCUGACCAAGGAAGAACAGUUAGAAGCCUACCGGGAAAAUGAGCGGGAGGUCUUCGCGGGGCUUACGACGGAGCUGCAGGGGGAAAUCCCAUCGCCGUACCUGUCGGCGAAGGUGAAGAUGCGAAAAGAGCGGACUCUGAUAGAAGAGGUGGUUUUCAACGGUGAAAGGCACAGAGGCUCACAGGCGGUGCUCAAGGCGGCAUCGUUGUACUUCGAGGAGGCUUUCAGGGAGGUGCAGAUGGAACCUCAGCUGGCAUGCACGGAUUUCGCGGUGGACAGAGUUUUACCAGCGGCGGCGGAAGCGGUGGUCAGGCUCGGGGCCCCGUGGGCAGAGCCGGAGGUCAAAGCAGCACUCAAGGGUUUACCGAGAGGGAAGUCACCGGGGCAGGAUGAACUCCCCGCGGAACUUUUCGUGUCUCACUGGGACCUGUUAGGAGGGUGUUUCAUGGAGUUUGUAAGGAAUUUCGAGAAGACGGGCUUGCUGCAGGAAUCACUGACGACAGCGGUGACGGUUUUGUUGCACAAGAAGGGGGAUAAAGACCGGCUAACAAAUUACAGACCAAUUCUCCUCACCACAGUCUACAAGGUGCUGGCGAAGGUUAUGGCGAACAGGAUCAAAAAGGAGCUACACCAUGUCAUCUCCAAGGAGCAGCACGGGUUCGUACCAGGGCGCAGUCUGGCGGAUGCUGUGUCGGUGGUAGCAGACGCGAUUGAAGCGGCAGACAAUGAUGGCGAGGACUGGUACCUCUUGCUCGUGGACUUCCAGAAAGCCUACGACACGGUGUCGCGGCCUUUCCUCUUCCGUACGUUGGAGAAGCUCGGGCUGCCUGCAAAUUUCAUCAAGUGGGCGGAAGGUCUACACCGGGGGUCAGGGACGAGAAUCGCGAUUAACGGCUGGCGCGGGGAAAAAGUGGAGAUGGAGCGGGUGGUGAGGCAGGGGUGCCCAUUAGCUCCCUACCUUUUCCUCUGCGCUUUGGAGCCGCUUUGUGCGGAGAUCGCGAGGAGAGGCUUGGGGGUCGGGACAGAUGGGGCGAGUCCGAUCUCGUAUGUGGGGUACGCGGACGACACUUCCCUAAUCCUUCGGGGGGCCGAUCAGAUCCGCUCGGCGGCGGCAGCGCUGGAGUGGUUCGGCGAACUGUCUGGCCUGCGCAUUAACCAAGAUAAGUCGAUCAUCAUGCCGAUGGGGAGGAACAAAGGCAAGACGUCAUUGCCCGGGGUGACUUACAAGUGGGCGGAAGACGGGGUUCCUGAGCGGCUACUGGGGGUGUGGAUAACACCAGACGGCGACGCGGCUCCGUCCUGGGAGAAAGCGUGGGAGAGGGGGAGGAAGGAAUUAAUCAAGCCAGGCGACUGCGGAGAAAAUUUUCGUUCUGUGGAGUGGGGAACUGGCCCGACUGCCGAAGAAGGAAGGCGGCUCAUCGACCCGAAAGCCAGACUGGACAGCAUGGCAAUUCGCACGGUGGGGAAGUACCUGACAGAGCAGGACGCCACCAAGAGGUGGUUGACUGAGAAGGCGGCAGCAAUGGCGCAAGGGGUGGCGACCCUUUUCGCUCACAAGUCGGCUGGCAACCACUGGGAGAAGGGGAACCAAAGGGGCUGCUGCCCGCACUGCGGAGAGCCAGAAACCCUCGACCACUGCAUGCUCACUUGCCCAGUUAUACAGCCGGUGAUUGGCGCGCUACUAAACUCACUGAGGAUGAUGGACCCCGCGGAUCAGACACGCUCAUUGGGGGACAUGCUCUUUCGGGAAGGGGCCACGAAGUCCGGUUUUCCGGGGGCAACAUUGACAGCAGUGACGAUGCGAAGAAUUCGGUUGGCCAGAGUGGAUGGGGUGUACAGGAAGGAGAAAUUCCAGCGGAGAAAGGUGGCGCGGGCGGCAAUCUACGAUUUCAUGCGGCAUGCAAGACUCUACAGAGCGGAAAAGCUGAGGAAGGCAGGGGGAGGCAAUGGCCAGGGGGAGGCAAUGGCCAGGGGGAGGCAAUGGCCAGGGGGAGGCAAUGGCCAGGGGGAGGCAAUGGCCAGGGGGAGGCAAUGGCCAGGGGGAGGCAAUGGCCAGGGGGAGGCAAUGGCCAGGGGGAGGCAAUGGCCAGGGGGAGGCAAUGGCCAGGGGGAGGCAAUGGCCAGGGGGAGGCAAUGGCCAGGGGCAGCCACGGGACCCUUGGGGCGGCCUGGCAGGGGACGAGCGUGCGGCGAUAGCGAGGAUAUGUGA